AUGGGACAAGAAGAAUCCCAUCUGGCCGCUGCCUCUGGCCCUCCAGCGACACUCCGAGAGAGAAGCCUGGAAGCCGUCGCUGACUAUAUCAAGAGCGGCAAUGCUCGGCGCAUUGUGGUCUUGACCGGCGCUGGCAUCUCGACAGCCGCUGGAAUUCCCGAUUUCCGAUCGCCAAAGACGGGCCUGUAUAGCAACUUGGCGCGCCUCAAGCUCCCCUAUGCAGAGGCCGUCUUCGACAUUGCCUACUUUCGCAAUCACCCCGAGCCCUUCUACGUGCUCGCCCAGGAGUUGUAUCCCGGGAAAUUCCACCCGACCAUCUCUCACGCCUUCAUUGCGCUUCUUGCUGAAAAGGGCCUCCUUCAAAUGCUCUUUACGCAAAACAUUGACUGUCUCGAACGGGCGGCUGGCGUUCCUGCGGAUAAGAUUGUCGAAGCCCACGGCAGUUUUGCGACGCAGCGCUGCAUUGAGUGCAAGGUCGAGUUCCCCGAUGCUGAGAUGAGAGCGCAUGUUGUUCGAGGCGACGUUCCCAAAUGCAACGAAUGCAAGGGACUGGUGAAGCCGGACAUUACAUUUUUCGGCGAAGCCCUCCCAAGAGACUUUUCAGAAAAGUCACACAACACUGCCAUGGCGGAUCUUGUUCUCAUUCUCGGGACAAGCCUGACGGUGUAUCCAUUCGCAAGCCUUCCCGAGAUGGCGAGAAAAGAGGUACCACGUGUGCUCUUCAACAUGGAGAAAGUUGGUUCAUUGGGAUCGCGACUUGAUGACGUACUAGAAUUGGGAGCAUGUGAUGAUGGUAUCAGAAAACUAGCCAAGUUGUUGGGCUGGACAGACGAGCUGGAUGAUACGUGGAGAAAUAUUGUUGGAAAUGAGGAGGCUGAGAGACAACUGCGCAGCCAGACUGCUCGUGACGAAGAGAUUGAAGAUGAGUUACAGAAGUUGACUGGAGAAAUUGAGACGGUCCUCAAGCUUGAGGAGGAAGAGGAGAAGAAGGAAGAGGAGAAAAAAGAGGAUGAAGAGAAGAGCCAGAAAGCAGGCGAUGAUGCACCAAGUCAUGCCCAGGCACCCAAGGACGAUACGGACACCAAAGAAGCUACCAAGGCAGAAAACGCUGAGAAGCCCUCAGAAGCGGAUUCUAAACCAGUGGACGAACCCAGCUCAAGUACAGAGCCUCCAAAAGCCCAGGAGAGCGCCGAGCAGAAAACACAAGAGGCUACUACGGCAGAGAGCAAAGACGUUGAAGAGCCAACGAAGAAAGAAGGUGAAGAGAAGCCCCAGCAAAAUUAA